ACACCGCACCGCCAACCACGAGAGAGCUGGCCACUGCCGAAAAGACAAGCCGGUGGCCGCAACGCAACGCAGCAAAGCAAGACGAAUCCAUCGGCCAUGGGCACCGAACCCCACCCGAUGGUUCCGGUCCCGGAGGCCAUCCGAACCGUCCUGAGGCAGACGGCCGAAAUCCUCCUGGACGACAAAAAAGACACCCCGACCCUUCGGCUGCCGCUGUCCUCCACGCCGUGGCAGGACCUCCUGGGCCGGGUUCUGGCCGAGGACGUAACCAUGGUGGAGCCUGGCUACCCUCCCUACAAUGCCAGCAUCAUGGACGGAUACGCCAUCGGCACCGGCGGUUUUUCGGCCGGGGAUGCCGAGAGGGCUUCUGCCGCGGGAUCGUGGACGCACCGGGUCGUGGACCGGGUGUACGCCGGGGGCGCCAGCACGCCGCAAGCUUCGAACGAUGGCAAGGACGAGACCCUCGACGAGACCCUCCCUCCCGCGUGCUACAUCACCACGGGGGCCGUCGUCCCGGAGGGCUACGAUUGCGUCGUUCCGAUCGAAGAGUGCGAGGCAUCCCCUCCGGCACAAGGAUCGCCGCAAAGGAUCCGGAUCUUGCCCUCGGCGGUGCUGAAAAAGCACAAGUGGAUCCGUCCGAUCGGGUGCGACAUUGCGGCCUCCGAAGUGGUAUUGCCGGGGGGACACGUCCUGGAUCCCGUGGCGAUCGGGCUGGCGAUGCAAUCGGGAGCUCGAGACGUUGUGGUCCAGCGGCGCAUAAAGGUCGGCGUCCUGUCGACGGGGAACGAGCUGAUCGGGAACGACGGCGGGAGGACACCGGCCCCGCAAAACGCAGCCGGAAAGAUCCCCGACGCCAACCGGCCCGUCUUGCUGGGGCUGCUGUCGACCCACGGCUUCCAAACUCUCUGCGAGCCGAUUGACCUGGGAAUGGUCCGCGACGACGACUUCGACGCCAUGGCGGAAACCCUCGGGGCCGCCCUGGACCGCUGCGACGUCGUUGUCACGACCGGCGGCGUCAGCGAGGGCGAGACCGACAUCGUCGAGCGGGUGCUGGUGGAACACUGCGGGGCCACCCUGCACUUUGGCCGCAUGCACAUGAAGCCCGGGAAGCCGACCACCUUUUUCACCGUGCCGAACAGGACGAAGGGCGGCACCGGCCUCGUCUUUGCCCAGCCGGGAAACCCGUGUUCCGCCGUGGUCUGCACGCAGCUGCUGGUGGGGCCCUGCCUGGACCUCUAUUUCCACGGCAUCGAUCGCCAAAGGGGUCGUUCGUCGCCAAGCGGAGAGACGAGGGACGAGCAACUCGAAUCGAUCGUGGAGGCCUCCCUCGUGCAUCCCGAGAUCGAGGCGGUCCUUGCCCACGACGUCGUCCUAGACGCCAAGCGACCCGAGUACCACAGGGUGGUGCUGACCAAGAACGGCUACGGGGAAUCCUACGAGGCCAGGUCCACCGGGGUCCAGCGGUCCUCGAGGCUGAUGAGCCUGAGGGACGCGCAGGGACUCCUGCUCCUCCCGCACGCCAAGGGCGGCAAAACCGUGGCGCGCAGGGGCGAGACCUACCCGGUCCUCCUCCUCCACAACACGUUCGGCAGGGACCGCGUCUUGCUGGGGGACUCGGUGCACCUGGGCGGCGGGGCAGCGAAAAGGAUCGAAGGCGAACGCAAAAACGGAAACGAGACGACGGUCGGCGUGAUCGAGGUCCUCCCGCCCGAGCGCCAAGCGGCCGUGCCCUCCAGGCUCGAGGAGUUCUGCGAGAGGGUCCAGAGCGCGCUGAGCCCACCGGGGGGCAGCGGCGGCGUUUCCGUCGUCUCGAGGCGGACCUUUUCGGGCCCGGCGGACGCCCUCGGCUCCUUCGUCGCAACCGACUCGCACGGGGACGCCGGCGUCCUCGUGGUGGUCUGCCCCCGGUUCGGGGGCUCCUUCCGGUUCCACCUCGACGUGGCGUCCGCGCUGGGGGGCGUGCUGUCCGGAAGCGCGGAAGCCCUCGCCCUCCAGGCCCGCCUCGGCGCCGCCUCCCGCGAUCCGGGGGCGGCGCUCUUCGAGGCCGUCGCCGGGGUCCUCCCCGGCCGUCGGGGGGGCAGCGGCCCCAGGCUGCUAAUGUGCGUCGAGGAAGGCGGGAUGGAAGGCGCCCUGGGAAGCAUCAGGGGCCUGCUGGCGCACGGAGCGAGGGUGGCCCGGGGGUCCCAGUAGGGGCCGCGGGAUCCCCGAGACCCGGGGCACCGCCGGUUCAAAAACCUAGGAUCCAAUUCCAAACAUGGAUACGUGGUGGUGGUGGUUACGGUUCCGAAGCCCUACACCCAUCGAGAAAGACAAGGACAACAAGAAGCACGACACCAAUUUGUCGCUGGCCGGAUGCAUCCCUGUCGUUCGCAGUUGCGAAGCAAAACUAGCUGUUAACUUUUGCAAAAGCAAUCGACCCACGAGUUGCUUUGUCUUGGCACACAAACCGAACUACAAAUCGUUGUUCAAUCCCUCGAUAGCAGUGGUUGAGGACGUUUCGAGCUAUGGCGUAACAUAAAGUUUAUGGUUUGUUUUAUGAAUACACAUCGUAUAAUACAGGGGAAAAAACUGGGGAUUCCGAGUGGAGGCCGAAGGAUCGGUGAGCGUGCUUGCUACUUCUUUUUUGCGUUCGCAUUCGCCUCGUUUUCUUUCAGUAUUUCCGCGUCUCGGCCCUCCAUCGGUUCGCUUUCCAGAAGGUCCUUGACGCGGUUGAAUAUCUGGUAGAACAAAAUCGGGGCCCUCACGAUUCCCACCACGAUCGUCUCCAACACGCCGAGCGCGGUUCGCUCGGACUGCUGCAUCGGUCGGUUCUCGUCCAGGUAACGCUGGAUGUUGCGGACGCGCUCCCUCUCUUCGUCCGUCAAUCUCUUGACGGCUUCCGUUGCCUGGGCCUCGAGUUCCCCGAGCGGCCCCUUGGUCUUGGCGUCCAUGGGCCUCACCAGGUACGCGCUGUUGUUUUCCUCGAUUUCCAGCUUUCGUUGCUCCUCGGCCCUCACUAUUUCCAGGACGGCCAUCUCGAGUUCGCCGAGGGGUCCGGGGAUGUCGAUCGGGCGAACAAGCCCCUCGCGUCUCCUCGAUUCCUGCACCCGCAUGCGCUCGGACUGGAGGAUCUCCCGGAUGGCUUCGCUUGCCCUCAGUUCAGCCUGCCCCAGGGGUCCCCGCUUCGAUUCCUCGACGUCUUUCGGUCGCAGCACCAUGUUCUUUGUUCGCUCCUGCUCGGAUCUCUUGAUGCUCUCGACAAAGUCCACCACCCGGCGUUCUAUGGCCCCGAGGGGUCCCAGUUCUUCGACCUCGCCUGGGACCUUCGAAGCGUCCAUGGGACGCACGAGGAUGCCGCCCAACCGAACAAUUUCUCUGGCCCGCCUUGCUUCCUCGUCGAUGACUUGCUGGAGCCACUCCACGCUCUCCUUCUCCCACAAUCCCAGGGGGCCGAUGGAUUUUUCGCUCGCGUCCAUGGGCCUCACGUACGAGGCCUCGUCCCCCAUCAUCCGGGCCAGGCUUUCCUCGACCUUUCGGUCGGCGUCGCGAUCUUUGAACACCCCGAUUCGCCACUCGUAAUCCUGGAGGCUAAGCUUGGCGAGCCGCAGCAGCCCGCUGCUUCUCUCUUGGCGCAGGAGAUCCCUGUCCUUGGUUUUCGUUGUUUCCUCUCGAUCGAGGUUGCCGUCCAUGCCCAUGGAGCGGGCCACGAUGGUCCUGCCUUUCCUUGUGGUUCGGUUGUGCCUCGAGGAUAUUGUGCCGACGGACGAGAGCUGGAAAGAGGAGGCGUGACCAGCAAGCAUCGCGGCAACAACCGCAAAACCGAGGAGCGCUUUGGAAACGGGUCCUCGCACCGCCUGUGAUGGUUCCCCGUUCGUUCGCAUCCUGAUCAUCCUGGUGUUCGCCUGGAUGCAAUAAGAUUUUGUUAGGUAG